AUGGCCUCCCCUGCUAUGGCGGACGGUGGCGAUGGCGAUGAAGGUACACUCCACUCAGACAGAUGCAGCACAUCACACACACAGCAUCAUCGCCAAGCGUCGUGUGUGUGCAUGUGUGUGUUCUGUGUUCCUUUGCAGAUCAUGUAGCCGUGGAGGAACGGCGUGACGGCAGCGCACAGCCAGACGGACCAGAUCGCAAUGGUGGCGAUAGUGGUGGGUAACAAAAUAAUGCAACACACACGAGCCCCCGCCGUCGGUCGCUAUCCUCUUUGUGUGCAUGGGUGCAGGUAGAGGUGUUGGCAGUGUUGGUGGGCAUCAGCGCAGCGGAGAGAACCGGAGCCGACAUAACGGAAGUAGGUAAACACCCACAGACACACAAAUCAGAAUCGCCCCUCAUUCAUCAUUGCUAAUCUGUCUGUCCGCCUUGCGAUCCACAGAUCCGCCGUUACCCCUUGGCUGGAAGAGCUUGGAGAACGGGGUGAUCGACGUCGACUUCCCUCGUGGCACCAGUGACGCCAGCAGACGCUUGUCCGAGGCCGUCAUUCGCCGCACAAUCACUGACGAACAGCAGAUGACGCAGCUGAUUCAGCAGAAUGGAGCCGACCUCAAUGUGGAGCCACGGCUGUGGGUGGCGGGCACCAGGUUCGGCUAUGUAGCUUAUCCGCUGCUGUCGCUGUGCAUCUUUAACCUCACUGACAACAGCGUGCCGUCCAUCUGGGCAGCCGACGUUGGCGGUGCUGGCACUCCCGUUGCCAUGCCGAAGUGGCAGACCCGCGGCCUCCAACUCGCCAUCAUGCGGGCUCUCAUCGAAGGCGGUGCCGACAUCAAUGGUGGGGGUCCACGCAGACCCAUCCGAGUGGCCAUCGCCUCGUGUAACCGGGAGGCAUUUGGGCUCCUGAUGAGUCAGCCAGGUACACACGCAUUCACGGCACUCACGACACGGAACACACACCAUGAUGUCUGUCUGUCUGUCUGCCUGUUCCAGGCAUCCAGCUGCCGGGGCUCUGCGUGAUGGAGCUGCCGAUCCCGUUGCCGACGGAUCAGCCGACUGAGGAGAGCGAGGCCAUCCUGCUGUCCUUCUACCAGCUGCUCAUCCAGCGGGACAGCAGCCUCGCGACCGAGCGGCGCCCGAAUUGCAUGAAUCCGCUGCAUGCGGCCAUGACGCCUCCCGUCUGCUCCCAGCAGUUCAUCGACAGCUACAUCGACAUGCUGGUGGCCGACGGGGCGGACAUCAGGGCCGUGCACAACAAUGGGUGGACGCCAUUACACGUCGCGGCCUGUCAGGGUUCCCACUGUGUCGCUGCGUCUCUGUGCCGGCGUCUCACCGCUGCCGACAUCAACAGAGGGAGGCCGACUGACCUGCACCCCCUCACACCCCUCACCGUCGCUGCCGUGCGGCUCGAUUUAGUCGCCCAGCAGCUGCAGAACGACAACACGGGGCGGGCCGUGAGGGACCGGGCCAGCAUCCGGAUCCCCAACCUCAAGACCACCAUGCGUGUGCUCCUCCAGGCGGGCGCUGACAUCGCUCUCAUGCCCACAGCCACAGAGCAUGACCGCCGCCGUCGCCAGCUUGUGCUGCCCGAGUAUGCGACAGUGCUCAACAAUCUGCCGGAUGACGUCAUGGCUGCCGUCAACGCCGCCCUCGCCCCUCAGCGGUCACUCGCGGCCUUGCUCGGCCCCCGGCUGGCCGUCGGCCCGCAGGAGGCCCCCAUCUUCGCCUGGCGCCUCGCAUCGUACCUCUUCGACAUGGCGGCCGCCACCCAGACCAUCACUGAGGCCAUCGGCUUGCGGCACUCCGCCAUGGCCCGGCGUGUGCGUGCGGCUGUCGAGCACUUCGUUUGGUCGGGAGUGUACGAGGCCAGCAGCAACAGGGAGGUGGUGGGCGGAAUGGCCGAUGUGGGCGGCGAGAUGGUGCGGAUGCCGCUGCAGUGCUUCGCCAUCAAUGCGGGAUAGCAGGACGGACAACAUCGGCUGCUGGGUGUGCGUGAGGUGGUGCACAGGGCCCGGCUGGACGAGGCGUCCCAGCAUGGCGUGGCGGGGCUGGUCAAGGGCUUCAACGAGCACCUGGGGGAUGACGACUGCCAGUUCCAGUGGCAGCAGCUGGGGUGGGUCGAGAGGGGCCGGGACGGCAGAGCGACCUUCAGACCGCUGCAGCUGACGUGA